AAUCAAGUUGCGGGCCGCAACAGCAGCAAGUAACGCGGACUAAAAUACGGUCCAACGACGAUGGGCUAAAAGUGUAAAUACUUGAAAAAGUGCAAAAAAUUAUUAUGCAUUCUGCUGAGUCUACCUAAGCAGAACUGUUUCGUUUCUGUUUUUUGUUUUCGAAAACUGGUGCUUUUCUGAUGCCAGUUAGUGGCUGCUUAACGGAACGUUCGCAGUGAAGUGAGGGAAAAAAACUUUUUUCAACUAAUGCGUACUUUGCAAAUAUUUACAGAUAUUGAAAAUAUGACAGAGCGUAAAAACUUUUCAAACAUAACGACACAUUUUAUUGGCAAGAGCAACAACCAAUGCACUCAGAUGACCUACAAACAUAAUUUGAGUGGAGUAAUCUGAGUUGAGAGAAAUGCAAAGAGCAAACCGCCAUAAUCACUCAACUAGCCGAGAGAAGAGCAGCCCUGCGAUGCCUUCCAAUGCAAAGUUCCCAUAAAAAGCUUCGGCUGACAGUAAUCAAAAACGUGCGAUGCCAAGCCUCCCCCCCAAUCAGGCGCUCUGCGGAGCAUGAGAGAGCAUACACCUGCAUGCGCCGCAUCAGCUGCGCCGCAUCUAAGCUAUAAUCGAAUAUUACAUGCAGCCAGCCAGCCAACCAAGCCACCAAAGGCAGGACUGAGCGUUGAACGACGCAGCACUACAAUAUGAGAACGCGAACAGUGAGGAACGCUUAAAUAGGAAAGCCGCGCACAGCAGCGUGCUGGUGAAAAAAAUGUUGCAAGUGAAAUAGUGCAAAAAAAAUAUACUUAAAAGAAAAUAUGGAUUAUUGUGUAGAAAAUUGCAAACAAUUUGCAAAGUGAUGCAACAAAAACGCAACUAAAAAUAACACAAAUAAAUAGGCUGGUAUUAUUGUGACAUUUUGCAUAACGCUUAAAAGUAUACUACGGUUUAAGCUAAAAGCUAUAGAAUUUGUAGCAUAAAAGUCAAACAAAUUUCUGCAAAAAAUGUGGCUAAAGUAAAGUGAGUUUUGAGGCGCUGCAAGUGUGUGUAUGUGUGCAUGCCUGACAGUGCAGCACCACGAAGAACACGGCGGGCGGCAAGUAAACGCCGUAAGCCGUCUAUGCGUGCAAACGCCACACAACGAGAAAAGCGAAUAACUAAGCAGCCAUCUUUUGAAAAACUACCAAAAUAAAAAUACUGUUAAUAAAAUAAUAUAAAAAAUAGUUCUGCAAGAGAUACAGUGAAUUAUAAAGUGCACACUAACAACGGCCGACCAAGUUGCCUAGCAAAUUUUGUUAUUAAUGUAUUAGAAAAGAAAUUAUAUAGAAGUAAUAUUUAAAUAAUUUGAAGCGGUUAAAAAACACUGCUGCGUGCAUAAGCAAACUACAUUUAUACGGCAUUAGAAACGUACAUCAGUUGAUAAAUUUCAUAUAAUAAUUAAAUGCAAGUAGGGCUAAGUUGAUAAUACAGAAAUGAAAGUGAAAAAAUGAAGUUAAAUUUAAAUUUAAAAUAAAAGUAACCACUAAGUAUUAACUAAUUGUUAAGGAUUUUCAGUUAUACAAAUAUUUAGCAAGAAUUAAAAAAGAAAAAAACAUAAAAAAUUUCAGCGUUAAGUGCAAAUUAAAUAAUAUCUUAAGUACUUAGUGACUAAAAAAUUGUAGGCACAAUACGCGUAAAACGCUCUGGAAAUUUAGAAUUGGUUGCAAGCAAAUUAAAUUUAUUUGCAAUAUAUGAAAAGUAUUAAAAAUCGAAUUAAUUGAAUUUGUAAUGGAAAUAUAAAUGCAAAUAUAAAAUACAAAUUUAUAAUAAUAAAAAAUUUCAGCAAAAAUAGAAAAAUUUAUAAUACAGAAACAAGCAAAUGAUACUUGCAAGCCUAAUAAAGUGCGAAAAUCCUGCAAAAAAUUGUGAGCUAAAAGAGAAAUAUUAGCCGUACAUUCAACGUGAAAAUAUGUAAUUUUCAAAAGACACGCAAAAAAGUAUAAUUACUUUGCUAAAGUAUCAAAGAAACAAAAAUUAACAUAAAUAAAUAGCUGAUGUUGGCCUAUAAAACGAGAGAACGUAGCUAUUAAGCAAAAUAUAUUACUUGCACAAAAAAAAAUUAAAUAAAAAUAAAAAAUUUCAUAAAAAUAAAAAUUAGCGCUUACAAAAAUUAAAAAUAUGAGUUACUGAAAAAACUCAACAAAUUAAGAAGUUGAAACAAAAAUUAUAAAAAAAAAUUCUGCUACAUACCAAAAUUUUCCGAUGCAACUUUAUUGAGAAAACAAAAGUUUAUUUUAAAAAAUCACAGCUUACUUUCCGGCAGCUCAACUACGAAAAUUGCUGUUACAUACACACAUACAUAUGUGCAUGAAAAAUUCGUGAAACAAUUAAAAUAACAUAAAAUACGGCAACACCAAACUGCUAGCGCGAAAAAAAUACAGCUUUAUAAAAUUUCAGUAGUAAAACUUACUAUAUGAAAAAAAAUUAAAAUUAUUACUUAAAAAAAAUACUUAAAAAAUAUAGCAAUUAAGGCACACAAUUCAAUGAACAACGAUUACAACGGUUUAUCAGCAACAUAGUAUACAAAUUGAAUAUACCAAGUAUUAGUAAAAUUACUGCAAAAUAUCACGAAAACAAAAGAAAAAUAAUAAUUAAAUAUUUAGAAAUAUUCAAAAAAUUAUGCAGUCAUAAGCAACAUUUAGCCCUUAAAGCUAUACAAAGUUGUGCAUGCCAUUAGCAGCUAAACCAAUGUUGCAGCAACAAAAAUGUUUGGAAACAUUGGCCGAGCAAAAAAAACGACAAAACAAAGCAACUCAAAGCACAAAGCUGCGUGGCGAUGAUGUUGCAAAAGAUGCAGCUAAAGUAGUAGGCGUUGAGCGUUGUAGCGUAGACGCUGAAAACCGGCGGCUGAACAAAGCUUUAAACUCAACUUUGGCCGUCUUUGAACGCACAGCUUGCCAACAUGUUGCCGCACAACAACGCCCAUGCAAAACAAGAACAACUACAACAGAAAACUCGCCGAGCAAGCGUCAAAAUGCAAAUGUUGGGAUAACAGAUAAAUGCAUGCUGAAUGCUGCGCCACGCAACACGACAAAUCGCGCUAGCAACAUUGUUGACGUAACAUCACUAGCAGAACACACCAAUACGCAUGUCGCGUUGCCAGCAGUUUUAUCUACACAAACUCAAGUAAGCGAUGCGCGAUCAACAACGAUCCUUGUUGGGAAUGCGUCUACAAAUAGCGCUGACCUAAAUGUGCUUGGCAACAUGCUGCCGCAACAAGCUGCGCUGCCACGUUUAAAGGCCAAUGAAAUGUUGCAGCCAAAGCAAAGCGUUGUUACGGCCAUUAGUGCUGAGAAGCUGGAAAAAAUUCCAACUACUAAGAUGAAAGCAGCAGUGUUAAAAACUACAACAACAACAACUCAAAGUAUUAUUAACACAGAUAUGAUUGUGGGAGCGCCAGCAACAUUGCCGUCGCUCAAGCACGACCAGCAAAACACCGAAAAGACGAUAGAUUUUAAUAGUCGGCGUCGUCGCGGACGUCUAAGGUCAACGCGAUUUGAUGCGAGUGAACGCGUUCAUAACGUUGUGUCUGACAGCGGCAUAACUGGCGUCGUGUGCCGCACGUUGCUGUGGCUAGCAACAUACCUGGAAAGAGUUGCGUGCAGUCGCGCUAAUGCUGGCUAUGGCAAAAGUGAUCCAUUGCUGUAUGUGUUAUCGUUGUUGUUGUCGUUGAUAGUUGUCAAUGUAAAUAGAGUGGCAAGUUUAGUGAAUGAAUUUAAUAAAAAUGAAGUGAAUAAAAUACAAUUAGUAAAACCUAACAACAACACUAACACCAACACCACAACCACAAUCACCACCAAUAAAAAUAAUAGCAACAGCUCCAUUAAAAAUAACUUAAAAUUAAUCACCAAAUCUACUCAAGCCAGCAGCGUUGCUAAAGCGGGGCAGCUGGCAGCGGAGGUUGGCGUAAUUGAAAUGGCUAUGCCUACAACCGAUUCCGCCUCUGAGCUGGCGCCGCUAGCUGACGUGAAGCCUAAGCGUGCAUUCAAAGUGAAACGUAAUGGUAAAUUGUGCCCACAAAAUGCUGCCUCAAUUCCCAACUCAGCUGCGGAGGUGGCCACUAAGCAUAGCAGUAUUUCCGAAACAACUACGCCUAAUGCUGCGCUGGUGCGUGACGCGUCAAAUUGCUCAGCCCCUCCCCAGCAAGCAGGCACUACCACUUAUAAUCGCCAAACCUUUUCGGCCAUCUCGUGGCGUUCUAGUCAAAUGCAGCUCCUCUUCUAUGCCUUCAUCUUAUGCACAUCCAUUUUACUUCCAUGCGGCAAUAAUUUGGUGUACGCAGCCAAGCCGAAAUCCGCUACACAACUGCAGCAGCAGAAACAGCUACAGCAACAGCAAUUGCUGUUGGAACAACAGCAACAGCAGCAGCAGCACCACCAGCAACAUGAACAUCAUCAGCAAGGACAUCAAGCUCAUCAGCCUGCCGCUGGACCUAAUGGUGGUGUUGGUGUGCCCGGUUAUCCAGGUCUGGGUAUUCCCGUAGCCGCCGGCGGUCCGGGUGCAGAUUUGACACCUCCAACCUAUCAGGUCGUUUCAUCGCAAACAUCGAAUGAAGAGACGGAGUUCGUAUUCCCCGCCGAGCAAUCGGAUGAGCAACUCUUCGAUCAGGAGGAGCAGAAUUUGAAUGUUGUGGAAAUCGAGGAAGAGCACAAUAAACCGUAUGAAUUGGAUAGCAACGAAACCAUCCAUCCGAAUGUGACGAAAGCGCCGCUCUUCCCCAAGGAUCUCUUCACAAAGGAGCAGCUGGAAAAUGGUGCUGUUAUCUUUCACAUAAUCGGCGUAAUUUAUAUGUUUGUAGCGCUCGCCAUUGUGUGCGAUGAAUUCUUCGUGCCUUCCCUGGAUGUGAUCAUCGAGAAAUUGGACAUCACGGACGAUGUAGCCGGCGCUACGUUCAUGGCAGCCGGCGGCAGUGCGCCCGAACUCUUUACCAGUGUCAUUGGCGUAUUCAUCUCGUUCGAUGAUGUGGGCAUUGGUACAAUUGUCGGCUCAGCUGUCUUCAACAUACUCUUCGUGAUCGGUAUGUGCGCGCUAUUCUCCAAAUCGAUAUUGUCGCUGACAUGGUGGCCACUCUUUCGGGAUUGCUCCUUCUACAGUCUCAGUUUGUUGGUGCUCAUUUACUUUUUUCGCGAUAAUUUCAUCUUUUGGUGGGAAGCGCUCAUACUUUUCAGCAUCUACAUAGCAUAUGUGGCCUUCAUGAAGUGGAACGUCCAAGUGGAGAGAUUCGUGAAGAGGCUCGUAACGAAAAAUAAGGUGACUCGCGUCAGAAGUACAGAUCAGCUUAUGCCAGCAGUAAGUAGUUGGGAAGUUUUUUUGCAAAAAAAAAAAGAAAAUUAACAGCAAAAUUUGAGAAGAAGAAACAUUUGAACAAUGAACAAAUUUUAAUUCGUUUAACAAAUUUGAGAAGACAACAGAUGCAACAACACACAGUAACUUCGAUACGAACACAGCAUUUGGCCUAUUCGCUUAUGAAUGAAAAGCUAAAUGUCAAUAGAGAAAAAAAGAAGUCAAACUUAACAUUAAAUCGAACAAACAGUACAUAAACACUGCUUAUUUUUUUGACAGUAACUUAAAUGUUCAACUUUUGUAGUAUUUAAAAUUUUCAGUUGUGUAUUUUAUUUUCG